UCCAAUCCAAUUCCCUCAAAAUUUUUCCCGCAUUUCUCUUCCUUUCUCGCGCUUUCCAUCCUAUUUGUUUUUUCUCCGAUUGUCUCUUCAAAUUCUUCCGGUGCGAUUGGAUCCGGGUUUGGUUUUUCAAAACCAUUAAUCCGGAAGACAAACCAAAGUCAGAAUCUUUUGCAUCAAAGCUAGCUUUUUUUUUUUUUCAAGAUCUCAAGAACUGUGGUACCGAAGUUUAAUUAUCAAUUAGGGCUUAGUUAUUGCUAUCGUCGAAAUUGAAAGGUCUGGGGUUGAGUUCGAGGAUUUUCAAUCUACUGUGUUUUAGGGUUUUUUUUUGCUCUUCUUUUUUGUUUCUGGAGAGAAGUAUCAGAGAGAAUCUGAGCUGCCAAUGCAAUUUGCUUCGAUUUCGGAAGAUUUUUCAGUGAUUUUUUAGAUACCGAAAAAUUUUUUGCUCAAUGUCUUGGGCAAGACCAGAAGAUAUCUAUCUAUCAACCUCUCUUGCAAGCUAUCUUGAUAAGAAGCUUCUUGUAUUGCUUCGAGAUGGUAGAAAGCUGUUGGGAAUACUUCGUUCAUUUGAUCAAUUUGCCAAUGCUGUUCUUGAAGGUGCGUGUGAGCGAGUUAUUGUAGGUGAUAUAUAUUGUGACAUCCCGUUAGGUCUGUACGUAAUCCGUGGGGAGAAUGUUGUCUUAAUCGGCGAGCUGGACUUGGAGAAGGAGGAACUUCCCCCACAUAUGACUCGUGUUUCAGAAGCAGAGAUAAAACGGGUAAGUGUUACUUUUGAUGUUCUCUGAAAGCGCACUUCUCAUAAGAUUUUAGAAUAUCACGAUGCACUACCACAGUGUUCCUCUGAGGGGCCAUCUU